UUUGUUUACUCGACUUGACUCUUCAGCACGGACAAUGAGCUCUCUACUCGGCGGCUAAAAACUUGUUUUGAAAUACUCAAAUUGUUUAAUUAUAAUUCCCAAAGCAUUCGCCAGUUGGCUUUGAGAGUUUCUGUGCUGAGGUUGGCGAAAUGAAGCGGACAGCACUAGGAGUGGCGUUGCUCCUGGCCCUGGUGGCUAACCUUACGGCCCACAGCUCAGAUGACUUAGUUUACGGGUAUGAGUGUCGUAGUGGUCUCUGCCAAAAGGUGGAGCUCAGCGAGAAGAACUACGCCAAGGCCAUCAGCAUGCCUGUAUGCCGGCUUUUCUGCGGCAGUUCCAUCGGCACCCUGUGGCCCAAACCUACGGGUGCAGUGCGUCUGGACACACUGAUGCGCCAGGUGGACAUCUCCUUUAUCGACUUUAAUGUCAAUGGCACGUCCCGCCAGCAGAAGCUGUGGCGAGCGGCUGAAGACCGUUUCAUGGACAUGUUGGAAGCUCAGAUCCCGGAUCGCAAGAUCCUCGCCCGAGGUGGCUAUCGUAUGUCUGUUAAUUUUAACAUCCCGGAUGAGCCUGCAACGGCCAGACUUACCCUGGAAACGGAUGAAAGCUAUACCUUGGAUAUUGAUACGGAUACCUCGGGUCAUGUUCUGGCCAACAUUACAGCGGCAAACUUCUUUGGAGCCCGCCAUGGUCUGGAGACCCUAGCCCAGCUGAUAGUUUACGACGAUAUUCGCCGCGAAGUUCAGGUCGUUGCCAAUGCCACCAUUACUGAUUCACCGGCUUACAAGUGGCGUGGCUUGCUGCUAGACACCUCCCGUAACUACUACUCUGUAAAGUCCAUAAAGAGAACAUUGGAGGGCAUGGCUCUGGUCAAACUAAACACCUUCCACUGGCACAUCACGGACUCGCAUAGCUUCCCAUUGGAGGUGAGAAAGCGCCCGGAACUGCACAAGCUGGGAGCCUAUUCCCAACGACAAGUGUACACUCGUCGGGAUGUGGCCGAAGUUGUGGAGUACGGACGGGUUCGCGGUAUCCGUGUUAUGCCAGAGUUCGACGCCCCUGCCCAUGUGGGUGAGGGUUGGCAGCACAAGAACAUGACCGCCUGUUUCAAUGCCCAGCCAUGGAAGUCUUUCUGCGUGGAACCACCAUGUGGCCAACUGGAUCCCACUGUGAAGGAGAUGUACGAUGUGCUGGAAGACAUUUACGGUACUAUGUUUGAGCAGUUUAACCCCGAUGUCUUCCACAUGGGCGGAGAUGAGGUGUCUACAAAUUGCUGGAAUAGCAGCAAGCCCAUUCAGAAGUGGAUGAAGAAGCAGGGCUGGGGUCUGGAGACCGCCGACUUUAUGCGCUUGUGGGGACACUUCCAGACGGAGGCACUCGGACGUGUUGACAAGGUUGCCAAUGGCACACAAACGCCCAUUAUCUUGUGGACCAGUGGACUCACAGAAGAACCCUUCAUUGACCAAUAUCUAAACCCGGAGCGUUACAUCAUUCAGAUCUGGACUACUGGUGUCGAUCCUAAGGUAAAGAAGAUCCUCGAGCGUGGCUAUAAGAUUAUAGUGUCCAACUAUGAUGCUUUGUACUUGGACUGCGGGGGAGCUGGCUGGGUAACUGAUGGCAACAACUGGUGCUCUCCCUACAUUGGCUGGCAGAAGGUGUACGACAACAGCUUGAAAUCCAUUGCUGGCGACUACGAGCACCAUGUCCUGGGCGCUGAGGGUGCUAUUUGGUCUGAACAGAUUGAUGAGCAUACGCUUGACAACCGCUUCUGGCCCAGGGCCAGUGCCUUGGCAGAACGUUUGUGGUCGGAUCCUUCCGAGGGCUGGCGCCAGGCCGAGUCUCGACUGCUGCUGCACCGCCAGAGGCUGGUGGACAACGGUCUGGGUGCUGAAGCCAUGCAGCCACAGUGGUGCCUGCAGAACGAGCAUGAGUGUCCUAUUGACGCGUACGAUGCACAAGUUUGAUUGGCGAUUAAGUCUUUCCUCUUAACAGUCGCUAUCCUUAUAGAUGUAGUCGGGGCGGCGGGCGGAUUUGGGUGAUGGCAAUGUUCGUACUCACAUCGCUCUCCGUCUGAAAAUAAACCACAGCUCAAAGAUGGCCUUACGCAA